GCUAGGGGAAGUGACGUCAGCAGCGAGUGACAGCUUUCACAGACUGGGAGACGCUGCGUACCAGUUCAGCUGUCUGGAUUCGGGUCACAAUAAUCUGAGUCCAUCGUUAAGUUUGGGGUGACAGUGGCCCCCAAACUACUGAGAGCAUAGACUACGCGUUUCACGGUACCGGGCCAUACCGAUAUUACAGACUUCCGGUGAUCAGGAAGAGAAAAAAGGGAUGGUGAAACCUGCGCUGGUACAGGAAGAGCUCGAUAGGGACCGGACUGUGUACACCGAUGGGCUCAAAGCUCUAAUAGUCCUUCAUACAACAGGAGAAGUGCUUGAUAACUAAGAUAAGGAGCGCUGUGUCAAAGAGCACCGCGGACAUGGAGCUGAGAGUGGGCAACCGCUACCGGCUGGGCAGGAAGAUCGGGAGUGGGUCGUUCGGGGACAUCUACUUAGGCACAGACAUCUCAGUGGGAGAAGAAGUUGCGAUCAAGUUAGAAUGUGUGAAGACGAAACAUCCGCAGCUCCACAUCGAGAGCAAGAUCUACAAGAUGAUGCAAGGAGGAGUGGGCAUCCCAACAAUAAAGUGGUGUGGAGCUGAAGGCGACUACAAUGUGAUGGUGAUGGAGCUGCUGGGACCCAGCCUAGAGGAUCUCUUCAACUUUUGUUCCCGCAAGUUCAGCCUGAAGACGGUCCUGCUGCUCGCUGACCAGAUGAUCAGUCGCAUCGAGUACAUUCACUCAAAGAACUUCAUUCACAGAGACGUGAAGCCGGAUAACUUCCUGAUGGGACUCGGCAAAAAGGGCAACUUGGUGUACAUUAUUGACUUUGGUCUGGCUAAAAAGUACCGAGACGCUCGCACGCACCAGCACAUCCCAUACCGCGAGAACAAGAACCUGACUGGCACCGCUCGCUACGCCUCAAUCAACACUCAUCUUGGGAUCGAGCAGUCGAGGCGUGAUGACCUUGAGUCGUUGGGAUACGUCCUCAUGUAUUUCAAUCUGGGCUCGCUGCCUUGGCAGGGGCUGAAGGCCGCUACCAAGAGGCAGAAGUACGAACGCAUCAGUGAGAAGAAAAUGUCCACGCCGAUCGAGGUGCUCUGCAAAGGCUACCCCUCUGAGUUUGCCACCUAUCUGAACUUUUGUCGCUCCCUGCGCUUCGAUGACAAGCCCGAUUACUCGUACUUACGGCAGCUCUUCAGAAACCUGUUCCACAGACAGGGCUUCUCCUACGACUACGUGUUUGACUGGAACAUGCUGAAGUUUGGAGCCAACCGUGCAGCAGAGGAAGCAGAACGGGAGCGUCGGGAUCGGGACGACCGGUUGAGGCACAGCAGGAACCCCGGGGCCAGAGUCCCUGCUGCACCCGGGCGCCCUCGAGGGACCCAGGAGGGAACAGUGCCCACCCCGCUAACACCCACCUCACAGACAGCUAACACGUCUCCUCGACAAGUGUCCGGGAUGGAGCGUGAGCGAAAGGUUAGCAUGAGGCUGCACCGCGGCGCUCCGAUCAACGUGUCAUCCUCGGAUCUGACCGGGCGACAGGACACCUCCCGCAUGUCCACCUCACAGAAUAGCAUUCCCUACGAGCAUCACACCAAGUAGACGCUCGCCAUGUCCUCGUGUGACGGCGGCAGCGCGGGGUGGUGUCUGAGGUACCAUCCACUGGUCUCCAGCUACGAGCUCCUCAAUGAGCACCAACAAUACAAGCAGUCCAAGCCCGGAUCUCCACCAUAAUGUCUACAGCUCCAGCUCCAGUCACAGACUGACCCUCUGAUGCUUUUCCAUUUACCUUUGUGGUCUGAAUCCAGACUGUUGGUUUUCAGGGCUCUUUACUUUUUGGGGCCACUUGAACUAGUUUAUCAGGGCUGAGCCGGCACCGCAGCAGGCUGAUCCAAACCAUGAGGACCUCACGGACCGCUGGAUCAUCCUUCCUCACUGGAUGCGUUUGUCAGUGAGAACUCUGAAUAGGAGCGUCUCGGUCUGAGGGCGGGCACACUGUUCACACGUUCAGUUUUCAUUUCCUCCCAUUUGUUCGUGUUGUCGGCGACAGCCGUCCCCACGUGCUCCCGAUUGAUUCAGCUGUUUGUGUUAGCGAGUAACGCUACAGCAGGCAUCCUGCUGCUCGUGUAUGUGAGCGAGCAUCAGCCCAGAGGCAGCUGAUGAGACUGUGACAGCAGCUGAGAGGCCAGCUUAUAGCAUGACAUCACAUUUACAGCUGCAUGCUGUUUUCCAUCUUUUCUUUACCGUUGGCUAAAAAUCACUCAUGUACUGUUUUUACGUUAUUUAAGCUCGCAGGUAAAAUCUUUUUGCUUUGGUGAAAAACUCUGUUUUGUUGUUGUUGUUGUUUUUAAACAGGAUUUUUAUCAUGCUAAACUUAGCAAGCUAGCUGUAACGUAGCUAUGCUGCUAUGGUGGCGACGCUAACAUCUUUAUCUUAUUGCAAGUUAGUAAAUGAGCUGCAGGAGUGUAGAUGAGCUGAUGUCCUUGUUGUUUCUCCUGCAGCGCAGCGUGGAGCUGGUUGUUUGGCUCUUUUUCAAUGCAGGGAGUGGCAGACACGAACGGGCAGAACCCGAGCGUAAAUGUUAGACGCACCCGAGAGAGCAGAAGGUUGUCUUCAUUUGGUUGGGUGUAGGGAUGGACUUUGGCAAUAAAAAGCAAAAUGUAACACACAAGAUUACACACAAGAUUGUUUUGAUGCACUGCAGGAGUCUAGAUACAAGCCUGAGUGCGAGUUAAACUUAAGACACCUUUGCUGCUGCGUUUGCAGGGGUUGGGUUUCCCCCGAGCUUCUCAGCUUCCCUUUCUCUGCACUAUGUUGGGCAAACACAUCAUUGGGUAUAUUUCACCAAAAGUUCUUUCACUGUAUAUAUAAUAUUCUUACUUUUUAGUUCGUAUUGUUUCUGCACUGUGAAACAUUUAUAAUAUUAAAGUGUGUUUGGGGUUUUUGUGACGUACCAGUGGAGAAGAGUCUGAACAUGAUUCAGGAGUCGCUGCGCCUCCUUAAGGGCAACAAAUGAGAGCUGUGGGACUCUGUCAUCCUGGUGCUGUGACAGCACCGUCUGCACCAACCAGAGUGUGUGCCUCUUUUUCCAGAAGUAGUGCAUUGGGUUUUUAUAUUAAUGCGUCUUACAGUCGACUGUAAUAAAGCUCCAUCUCUGCUGUGAAAAAGCUCUGCUGUUAUUGUGUUUUUGAUGUGGAUGGAUGAACCUGUGCGCUCUGCAGUGUGUAGCCUGUGGAAAAGACUGCAGAACCCUUCAUCACAUCUCUGUUGUGUACACAUGAGCCAGGAAAACAAACGGAGCUGCAGCAGUGUGCGUGCUCUGAUGUUGGUCUGAGAGAAGUCAAACAAAUGCACACAGAGCAGCUCUGUAACAGCAUCAGGCAGGAGCGAAUGCAAGAAGGAGCUGAAACAACAUGAAAGAUCAAAGUUUGUAGUGCAGCAAAAAUCAGGGUAGCGCUCCAAACACAUGACUGGGCAAUAACUUGAGUUAUUAUAUAAUAUACUACAUGUAUUACAGGUAAGUCGUUCACUUUGUCUUCACAGCACUGAUGUCAAAGAUACUUGGGAGGGAGGUAGAAAUGUCAAAGUGAGGUCAGAGGUCAGAUGUGACGCAUUUAAAAUCUUUCUACAGUAUUUUCUGUAAAUGGACAAACACAGCACAUCACAGUUUGUAGGUUCUAAAGCUUUUUGUCAAGUUUCCACCAAUAAAUCAUCAAGUUGACUUUGAA